AUGAAGAUCAACAAAGCCAGCAUGAUAAGCACCGUGCCGCCAAACAGAGUGGAUUCUUCGCGGGGGGUAGCAACCGGCAAAAUAGCUGCUGAUUCGAAGUUGCAGUUGUGCGGCUGGGGUGGGCAGAGUGGCUACGCUCUUGAAGGAUGCGUGGACACUGGCCUGCUUCGGCCGCCGCAACCUCACACCAGUCAACUUGGUACCGUGUAUGCUACUAAACGAAGGCGAAGGAAUGGGAAAAGG